GACACUGAGGGUCAGGAUUCUGGUCCCAGGUGGGUCAUUUGAUGAUUUCGCCCCAGUAGGAGAUGCUGCGACGUGGAGUUGCACCUGUGUUCGUUGUAGAAACGUUUUUGUCUCUGUUUUUUUCUCUCUGCCUCUGCUGAGACUCUGGUAGACCAGUACACGUCGUUGUAUGAUUGUUAUAUAUAUGGGAGGCGUCCAUCUGUGUCUUUGCUGCAUUUUUACCUACGGUGUGAUUUCGUGGUGAAACCUGAGGAUGUCGAAUGACACCAUCAACUUCUACGCACUGUCUCAGUCCUUCAGCUUCUCUGAUAUUAUCGUCAUAGCAACUUACUUCCUGCUUAACCUGGCUGUGGGCAUCUGGUCAUCAUGCAGGGUCAGCAGAAACACUCUGAGUGGAUAUUUCCUGGCCGGUCGAGACAUGGCCUGGUGGCCGAUCGGAGCUUCUCUGUUCGCCAGCUCAGAAGGUUCAGGUCUGUUCAUUGGUCUGGCUGGAACCGGAGCUGCUGGAGGAAUCGCUGUCACUGGGUUUGAGUGGAAUGCCACGUACGUGCUGCUGGCCCUGGCCUGGGUCUUUGUACCCGUCUACAUCUCCUCAGGGAUCGUGACAAUGCCUGAGUAUCUGGGCCGACGGUUCGGAGGAGAAAGGAUUAGAACCUACCUGGCUGUCCUGUCUCUGCUGCUGUCUGUCUUCACAAAGAUAUCAACCGACCUGUACUCUGGAGCCCUCUUUGUUCAGGUGUGUCUGGGAUGGAACCUGUAUCUUUCCACUGUUCUGAUGCUGGUGGUCACCGCACUCUACACUAUCGCAGGUGGCCUCGCUGCGGUCAUCUACACCGACACUCUUCAGACAUUUAUCAUGAUUAUCGGAGCGGUCAUUCUGACGAUCACUGCCUUCAACAAGAUCGGCGGCUAUGAAAACCUGGAGCGCGUGUACAGCAUGGCGGUUCCCAAGAAGAUCAUCCCCAACAGCAGCUGCCACCUACCACGCCAGGACGCCAUGCACUUGUUCAGGGACGCCGUCACUGGAGACCUGCCCUGGCCGGGCAUGACGCUGGGGCUGACUAUACUGGCUACAUGGUACUGGUGCAGUGACCAGGUGAUCGUACAGAGGUCACUGUCUGCCAAGAGCAUGAGUCAUGUGAAAGGAGCAUCCAUCCUGGCUGCCUAUCUGAAGAUGCUGCCCUUCAUCUUCAUCAUCCUCCCUGGCAUGAUCAGCCGCGCUCUCUAUCCCGACACUGUAGGGUGUGUGGACCCUGAGGAGUGUGUGCGAGUGUGUGGAGCCGAGGUGGGGUGCUCCAACAUCGCCUUCCCCAAACUGGUCAUCGAACUCAUGCCAAGUGGUUUACGUGGGCUGAUGAUCGCGGUGAUGAUGGCGGCCCUGAUGUCUUCACUGACCUCCAUCUUUAACAGUUGCUCCACCCUCUUCACCAUGGACAUCUGGAAGAAGCACAGACCGCGGGCUUCAGAGAGAGAGCUGCUCCUGGUCGGCAGGAUUGUGACAGUGAUCCUGGUGGUGGUGAGUGUGGUGUGGAUCCCCAUCCUUCAGUCGGCCAAUAGCGGACAACUAUACGUUUACAUCCAGUCAGUGACCAGCUACCUCGCUCCACCAGUUACUGCUGUGUUCACUCUGGCUGUGUUCUGGAAGAGGACCAAUGAGCAGGGUGCAUUCUGGGGCCUGAUGGUGGGGCUAGUGGUGGGAGUGUGUCGGAUGGUGCUGGAGUUCGCCUUCCCUCCUCCCAGGUGUGGCCUCGAGGAUUCUGCACCGGCCGUGCUGCGAAGCGUCCACUAUCUCCACUUCGCCAUCCUGCUGUGUGGACUGACGGCCAUCGUGAUUUUCAUAGUGUCUCUGCUCACGCCGCCUCCCACCCCAGAACAGCUGUGUAACCUGACAUGGUGGACAAUCAGUCAAGAGCCGCAGAGAGAGAUCCCUCUUCAGAAGGUGUCCUCCAUCAGCCACCGUAGCUCCCAGGUUUCAGGCUCGGAGCCAACGCGCCGCAUGAUGUGUGGUCAGAGGGUGGGCUUCUGUGUGUCUGCGGGGCAGCGCUCUGAGGAGAGCGCCGCUCCCGUGGUCCCCACGCUGAGAGAGAGCGUGUUCUGGUCCAGGUUCUGCUGUGCUAACGCCCUCCUGCUCAUCAGCAUUAACAUUUUCCUCUACGCGUACUUCGCCUGAAGUCUGGAAGUCGUAUUUCACCUCUGCACAUGUUUUUGUUUCCCAGCUCCAAGAAAAGAUUUGAGACUUGUUUUUUUUUUCUUUUUCUUCUGAAUGAGAAACCUGAGAAAACGUGUGCAGAGUAUUUGACCGAGUGAAGGCAGCAGCUGUUUUUGUCUU